AUGAAAACGUGCUCAUCGUUGAGUUUCGCUGACGCAGACACGGACCGUGGCAGCGACGACAGCAACAGCGUUUCCAUAGUGAUCAAGUUGCCGCAGAAACAGGUAAGGCGCUUGCUCGGUUCCGAUCUGAGCGAUGGGUCUGGCGGUUCCGAGUGUGUGUCGGCUAGGUCCACGGAACACAACAGCGCCGACAGCACAUCGGCAUACAAUAAAGACGAGCAUGACGAAAAUGACCAGCACCAGGAUCGCGACCAGUCAGUGUCCGUCUGUGUCAGCAGGAAGGCGUCUAACCGCCAGCAGAACCGAAUCAUCGACGCGACCGGCAUCAAGGACAAGUGCGACAUCAUAUGUACGAUAGGUAGGGCGUUGCAGCACAAACAGCUGCUGGGUCACUUGCCACGAUGUACGGUUGCUGUUUCAGGUACAGGCAGCUUUGGGCGUGUCUACCUUGUGCGUGAAAAGCAGAGUGACCAGUACUGCGCUCUCAAGGUCAUGUCUAUCCGCGAGAUGUUUCGCCUGAAACAGGUGGAACACGUGUUUUGCGAAAAGGAAGUGCUCUUGAGCAUCACCCACCCGUUUGUGGUCAACCUCUGUUGGAACUUUGCCGACAGAAAGUGUCUGUACAUGCUGUUUGAGUACGCCGCCGGCGGAGAGCUCUUCUCGCAUAUAAAGUGCGCCGGCUGUUUUAGCAAUGCGACGGCUCAGUUUUAUGCCGCCGAAAUCGUCUUAGUCAUUGACUACCUGCACAGCCGCAAUAUAGCUCAUCGCGACAUCAAGCCGGAAAACAUUCUACUCGACCGCCGGGGCCACAUAAAGCUGACCGACUUCGGAUUUGCUAAGGUCAUUAAUAACGAAGAGUAA